GGCAGUUCUGCUCUGUGCUAUAGGGUUGCUAUGAGUCGGAAUCAGCUCGACAGCAAUGGGUUUUUUGUUUUGAGUAUAUAAAAUUUGAAUCUGACGGUAAAAUUUUAGUGAGCUUGAAAUUUUAGAAGGAUCAAGAUUUGUGAAUUGAUUUUUUUCUCAUAAAAAAUAAAUGCCUCGAGGGAAUUUAUUAACUAGGGCUGAAUUUAAUUACCAUUGAUAGUUUAUUGGUGUAAAAAAAUUGAACAGGUUUUUAGAGCCUUUAAAAAAAUUCAUAGCCAUUUAAUGAGCUAUUAAAAUUGGAGUGUAUUGACUCUGCUAAUCACUGAAGUCCAAAUAAUAAACAUGAUUUUACAAAGGAAAAUAUUGAAAUUAUUACUUAGAAAAACCUUAAUAUUGUAUAAGGAUCAACUCCAUAAUAUUUUCUGGUUAUGUGCUUGCAUUUUGUGAAAAUAACUUUAUAGUUUACGAAAUUCUAGAACUGAUUUUUCUGUAUUCUUGUCAAUAUUUGAACUGAGGUAUAGUCUGUGACUAUUGGUUGCACAUGUGUUUUCCAUUUGUUGAGAUGGUCUUUAUUAUAAUUUCUGUAAUUUGCAACUGUAUGGUAGUAGAAAGGACACUGAACUUGAAGCCAAAAGUUGGGAAUUUAACUGCCAACUAUGCCACUUACUGUGUAACUAUAGGCAAGUACUUUAAUCUUACUGAAAUAGCUUCACAUCUUUAAAUUAGGGAAUAAUAAUAACUACUUCAGAGUUCCGGGCUGGCAUAGUUAAGCCUGUGACCGCUAACCAAUUGGCGGUUCUAAUCCACCCAGAGGCACCUCGGAAGACAGGCCUGGUGAUCAACUUUAAAGUCACAGCCCUCAAAAACCCUGUGGAUAUGGAGCUCAGCUCUACUCUGAAGCACAUGGGACUCUGAUAACGUGGAUGAAUCUGGAGGAAGUUGUACUGAGUGAAAUAAGUCAAUCAUGAAAAGACAAAUACACACAGAAAGCAAAGUUCUUUGAUGGUUACCAGGGAUGGGAGGGAGAGGAAGGGAGAAUCACUUUCGAGAUGGUAGACACCUGUUACUUUUGGUGAUGGGAAAGGCAAGGCCAAAUACGGGUGGUUACAUUAGCUAACUGGACGACACAGGCCUAGCACGUUGUGGAUUAUUAAUAAAGAAUACUCAAAAGGUAGACUUUCAAAAAAUAAUUUUUUUCCCAACAGAAUAUCAUGGCUACAGGAGUCUUACCACAAAAUGAACAACCAUAUUCCACAUUAGUGAAUAGCAGUGGGUAUGCUGCAAGCAAGAAAGGAAAUUCAGGACGCCCAACACCAAAGUACACAAAAGUAGGGGAGCGUUUGCGACAUGUCAUUCCUGGACACAUGGCCUGUUCCAUGGCAUGUGGUGGUAGAGCCUGCAAGUAUGAAAACCCAGCCCGCUGGAGCGAUCAGGAGCAAGCCAUUAAGGGGGUCUACUCAUCCUGGGUCACUGAUAACAUACUGGCCAUGGCUCGCCCAUCCACGGAGCUCAUGGAAAAGUACCACAUCAUCGAGCAGUUCCUAAGCUGUGGCAUAAAAACAAUAAUUAACCUUCAGCGUCCUGGUGAGCAUGCUAGCUGUGGGAACCCCCUGGAACAAGAAAGUGGUUUCACUUACCAUCCUGAAGCUUUCAUGGAGGCUGGCAUAUAUUUCUAUAAUUUCGGAUGGAAGGAUUAUGGUGUGGCAUCUCUUACUACAAUCUUGGAUAUGGUGAAGGUGAUGACAUUUGCCUUACAGGAAGGAAGAGUAGCUAUUCAUUGUCACGCAGGGCUUGGUCGAACAGGUGUUUUAAUAGCAUGUUACUUAGUUUUUGCAACAAGAAUGACUGCUGACCAAGCAAUUAUAUUUGUUCGGGCAAAGCGACCCAAUUCCAUACAAACUAGAGGACAACUACUAUGUGUAAGAGAAUUUACACAGUUUUUGAUUCCUCUUCGCAAUAUAUUUUCUUGCUGUGAUCCCAAAGCACAUGCCGUCACCUUAGCUCAAUAUCUGAUUCGCCAGCGUCACCUGCUUCAUGGUUAUGAAGCACGACUUUUGAAACAUGUGCCAAAAAUUAUUCACCUCGUCUGCAAAUUGCUGCUGGACUUAGCUGAGAACAGGCCGGUGGUGAAGGAGAAAAUGUUAGAAGUACCAGACCUCUCUGCUGAAAUUGAAAAGACAGUUUCUGAGAUGGUCACAGUGCAACUGGAUAAAGAGUUCAUGAGGCAUGACAGCGAUGCAUCAGACCCUUGCAGCCCCAUGGCAGCAGCGGCAGCUUUUGAGAAUCAGGAUGACAUUCUUUCCAGUGAGCAAGUACUUGAUCCCCUUUGGAAGAGGAGGAAUGUUGAAUGCCUGCAACCACUGACUCGUUUGAAAAGGCAGCUCAGCUACAGUGACUCAGAUUUAAAGCGGGCUGAGUUACUUUUGGAGCAAGGUGUGACACCACGGACGGUGCCUGCCCAAGUCUUGCUUUGCCAUAACUUCAAGCAACAGAAAACCAUAAGCCAUUGUUAUGUUCCACAGUCUCCACAGCUAGAUUUAAAUAAAGAAACUUUGGUACAGAAUACAUUUUCUUUCUGGAAUCAGGCUAAGUUUGGGGGCUUGGAAGGACUCAAAGAUGAUGAAUUACCACUUUUUCCGAGGAGGGAUAUUCCAAAGGAAAUACAGCGGAGUAGAACCUUUUCUUCAGGUGUCUCAAGUUUAUACAACCCUGGAGAACCAGUUACACCCAACUUUGCAAAUACCCAUAAGGAACAAAACCAUUCUCACCAGCAAGUGAACAACUGUCAGCGUGAAACUCCUGGCAGUUGGGGCCAGGAGUCCAUCCUGGUGGGUAGUGGAACUUGCUGCCCCUCUGUAAACUGUGACUCUACUCCUAAAGUGAAAUUUUGCGUUGGACAUGAAAACAGAGACAGCAAAAAUCUGGCUGAAGUAGCUCCGCAGGUUGCUUUGCAAACUGAAUUGAGUAUUGAAGCAAGGAGAAUACUGGCAGCCAAAGCCCUGGCCAAUUUAAAUGAGUUUGUAGAAAAGGAAGAAGUGAAAAGGAAGGUAGAAAUGUGGCAGAAAGAACUAAAUUCCCGAGAUGGAGCUUGGGAAAAAAUAUGUGGCGAACGGGAUCCCUUCAUCCUAUGCAGUUUAAUGUGGUCUUGGGUAGAACAACUGAAGGAGCCUGUAAUCACCAAAGAGGACGUGGACAUGCUGGUUGACAGGCACGCAGAUGCCGCCGAAGCGUUGUUUUUAUUAGAGAAGGGACAGCACCAGACGAUUCUUUGCAUUUUACAUUGCAUAGUGAGUCUUCAGACGGUUCCUGUGGAUGUGGAGGAAGCAUUCCUGGCCCAUGCCAUUAAAGCUUUCACUAAGGUUAAUUUCGAUUCUGAAAAUGGACCAGUAGUUUACAACACCCUAAAGAAAAUAUUUAAACACGCGCUGGAAGAAAAAAGAAAAAUGACAAAAGAUGGCCCUAAGCCCGAUGUUUAGUCAAGCUGCCUUUCCUCACAUGAUGCGUACUUCAGACCUGAAGACGCAGAUAACACUUCUGUUCCUUUGUAACUGAGCUGACGUUUGUAGAGCUACAUUUUCUCAUAGCGCUUUACUAACAAUAUUGUUGGUUUAUGUCGCAAAUGAUCUUUUCUGUUUGGAGCUGUUAUUUAUUUUAAAAUAUCCUUGAGCUACAUUUCUGUGUUGGAAAAUUGCCAUGAAGUUGGUGCCCCUUUCUUUUAUUUAUUUAACUGAAAUAAUAUUGUUGUAUUAACAUUUUAAGUAUGUGGUGUUUACAUCUUUAUUCUUUUUGACAUUUUGGAAAAAGUUGUAACUCUUCUUUCCAAAACAAUUAUUUUGUUGACAGACCUCUUCCUAGAGUUGUUACCAAAUAGAUCAUUUUAAUUGUAAAACCUCACUGUGUAUCCAUUCCACUUUGAAACACUAUCUAAAGAAGUCACCAAGUGUCUUAAAAAUGUUUUAUAUUUGUUACUAAUAAGAUUUGUUUAUACAGCAUUUUUAGAGGAAUUUUUAAAAAUUUUGAAAGUUUUGGUUGUUUUAUAAAUCUGGCAAAAGUUUUCAAAGUGUAUUGUUUUUCAAGGUGAUUGAAUUUUAUGUUAAGAAUUGAAUGUGAAAUGGUUGGGUUUUUCUUUUUUCCUUGUAGAAAGUAGAUCUGCUCUCUUUGUCAGUAUCCCAGACAACCUUUCUAGCCUUUGCCAUCACAAGAAGGCAAGAACAGUUCUCAAGACAUUAGCCUUAUUUCCAGUCCACUGAGUUGCUGCUUAGCCAAAUCGCCAUCUUGACACCGGAAGUAGGGCCAGAGACAGACAGUGUGGGCAGCUCCUAAGAAGCAAGACUCACCUUUUUACUCCCAAUGAUUGCACAGAAAGCAGAGCUGUGGCUGAGGACAGCCUCAAAGGGGAGGCUCGGGUCGGCCUGCCCUGCUCUGUUUGGGGUGCCGCAACCAUUCCUGAAGCUAGCUGCAGGAAGACAUGCCUGGGCCACUGUUCAUGCUGAGCAUACAUUUGCCUGAGCAGCCCAGCCCUGGCCCCAUACCUUCCAAAUCUGAGAUUUCAUAGGCCCACUUACUCAGGGCUCUAACUUUGGCUGAAUUUUUGCUAUGAGAAUUAAGAUUUUUAAAUUGAAUUUGACCCAUGGAGGUUAUAUUCAUCCUACUGGCUUUAGAUAACAAGGGGUGGCCACCUAAACUAGGUCCUUCCAGACCAAACUAUCAAUCAACAACCAAAGCUAUAACUUAUUUAAAUGAAUGGGGGUAUCAUAGCUCAAGUCACAUCAAAAAUAUUUUAGUCAUUAUCCAUCUUAUUAAUUCUGAUGGCAAAUGCUAAAUACAGUUCUCUGACACUCUGCUUGAAUUUUCUGAUGAAAUCUAAUCCAAUGAAUUUUAAUGAGCUGGAUUGGCCAUUCCUGAAAUCUCUCAUUUUCAAGUGCCUGAUCUGGGAAAGAAGGAGAGAAAAUAAUUACAUUUUACCCAAUGGUAUAUUAUAAAGAUACAUUUUUUACCCAAAGAAAAAAAUGCUAGCCCUAAUCUCACUAAGCUCUGUGUGACAGGUGACAUCCAUGGCCCAUUUGACAAACUGGUUAUUUGCUUAUGCAUCUGAAACAUUCAUUCCAAAUUAAAGAAGAAACACUGUAAAGACACGAUGUGAUUAUAGAAGUGCACAUCUAAAAAUCUAACUUAACCAGCCAUGAAAUAGAGAUAAGACUGGGGAAAUAGAAGAUUUAUUAUAUAAGGCCAUAUAUAUAUAUCGUAUUUGAAUAAAAGUGAAAAGAACAACCCACAACCCUUGUCUUCUACGUCUUUAACUUGGUGAUCAUGAGCAUAAUGCAUAUCUUGAUGAUAAAGAUGAAAUUCUACUAUUAAAUUAUCCUGAUAGGCAGAUUGAGCUUCAGGCUAAAUAGUCAGCUAGUCAGUUCAGAGUGUCUAAGGAUGGCGGGACCAGGAUAGGAGAGUUCCUAGGCAGAUGGUUGAGGAAAUUCUCCAGGCUAAGAUUCUUACCUUCCUAUAUUUGAAUGGGUGAGAAGUUAAAUAAGUUCUUUGUGGCCCCAAAAUAUGGAAAUCUUACCUCUUAAAAAACAUUAUAGUGUUGCUAAAUUCACCUCAGCCACAGUGGGGGAAGAGUAAGAGCACAUACACAUUAAGAACUUGCUACCUAUCCUGGUCAAAAGGGGGGAAAUGCGAAGCAGAAUUUCAAAAUCUCAUGGGCUCCAGACUUUCUAUAGUCAACUGAUUUUUGAAAAGGGUGCUAAGUCCAUUCAGUAGGGAAAAAAGAGUAUUUUUAAUAAAUGAUAUUGGGAAAAUUGGAUUUCCACAUGCAGAAAAAUGAAACAGGAUCCAUGCCUCACACCAUACACACAAACAAAUUCAAAAUGCACUAAACACCUAAACAUAAAAACUAAAACCAUAAAACUCAUAGAAGAAAAUGCAGAGGCAAUGCUGUCAGGCCUGGCUUUUAACAGUGAAAUAUAUAAUGACAAAAGCAUAAACAGCAAAAGAUACAUAAAUGGGACCUCAUAAAAAUUAAAACCUUUUAUUCAUCAAAAGACUACCAAAGUGAAAAGACAAGCUACCAACUGGAAGAAUAUCUUUGGAAACCACAUAUCUGAUAAGAAUAUUAAAUAUAUAUAUAUAUAUAUAUAAAACUUCGACAACUUAAAAACAAAAAGGCAGUGCAAUCAUAAAAUGGGCAAAGGGCUUAAAUAAACAUUUCACCAAAGAGGACAUUCAAAUGGCCACCAAACACAUGAAAAAAUGUUCAACAUCAUUAGCCAUCAGAGAGAUGCAAAUGAAAACAACGAGAUACCAUUUCACUCCCACCAGGAUGGCUAAGAUUAAAAGAAAAAAAAAAAUGUUGGCAAGGAUAUGAGAAAAUUGGAACCCUUAUCCAUUGCUGGUGGGAAUGCAAAAUGGUACAGCCAUUAUGGAAAACUGUGGUGGUUCCUCAAAAAGCUAAAAUUCCAGCAAUUCCACUCCUAGGCAUAUACCCGAAAGACUUGAAAACAGAGACUCAAACAGAGACUUGUAUACCAAUGUUCACUGCAGCACUACUCACAAUAACCAAAAGAUGAAAACAACCUAAAUGUCCAGCAGAUGAAUGAAUAAACAAAAUGUGGUACAUGUAUACAAUGGAAUGCUACUCAGCCUGUAGAAGAAAUGAAGUCUUGAUACAUGCCACAAUAUGGAUGGAGCUUGAAGCCAUGCUCCUUUUGUCAAUCACAAAAGGACAAAUAUUGUAUGACUUCACUUUUUUUUUUUUUCACUUAUAUAAAAAGCCAAGAACAGGCAAAUGUAUAGAGACCAUAGUUUAUUAGUGGUUACCAGAGGUGGGAGUAGUUGCUUAUGGAGUACUGAGUUUUGGUUUAUGGUGAUGGGAUAAUUGCAUUGAUGAUGCGUAGGGUUGCACGGCUGGUUAUUGUAAUUGCUGUCAAUAAAGUUGUACACCUGUAAAAAGUCAAAUUGGCAAAAGUUGUGUGAUAAAUGUAUUCAUGACAAUGACCAAAAAAAAAAACGCUGCUGAGGCUGCUCAUGUAUAACCAAACACCUCAUGGAAUUUUGUUCCCUGGUUUGGAGUAGUGUCGUGGUUUCAUGGGUUAUCCCAGAUAAUUAGCCUAGUAAUAUGUUUAGUGCUUUUUUUUGCCACCUAGUUCAUUGCUUGGUGCCUGGGGUCUUAAAAACUUACAAGUGGCCAUUCAAGCUACAACAGUUGGUCUUUAUUUGCCUGGAGCAACAGAGGAAGAAGGAGAAUCAGGAAUGGGAGGAGGAUAUGGAAUGCGUGGCUAAUUGUUUCCAUAAGCAACUGACUCCUUUGCCAUGAGACCAGAACUGGAGGGUGCUGGCUACGAUUACUGAACAUUUGGAUCAAAGAUUCUGUAGAAUAAUCCUGAUCAGACGGGGGAAAAUGCAGAACAGAAUUUUAAAUUCUCAUAGACUCCAGACUUUCUGGAUCCAUGGUGGCUAGAUGAACCCCUGAAACUAUUGCCACAUAUCUGUGAGUUUAUCGUACGGUGGUGGCUUGCUUGUUGCUCUGAUACUGGAAACUUUGCAACCAGUGUUUCAAAUACCAGCAGGAUCACCCUUGGUGGACAGGUUUCAGCUGAGCUUCCAGACUAAGGCAGACUAGGAAGAAGGACAUGGCUGUCUACUUCUGAAAAAAUUGUCUAGGGAAAAACUUAUGAAUAGCAGUGAAGCAUUGUCUGAUAUAGUGCCAAAAGAUGAGCCCCUCAGGUUGGAAGGCUCUCAAAAUACGACUAGGGAAGAGCUGCCUCCUCAAAGUAGAGUUGACCUUGAUGACGUGGAUGGAGUCAAGUUUUUGGGACCUUCAUUUGCUGAUGUGGCAUAACUCAAAAUGGGAAGAAACAGCUGCAAGUAUCCAUUAAUAAUAGGAAUGUUAAAUGUACAAAAUAUGAAUCUAGAAAAUUGAAAGUCAACAAAAAUGAGAUGUAACACACAAAGAUUGAUAUCCUAGGCAUUAGUGAGCUGAAAUGGACUGGUAUUGGCCAUUUUGAAUCAGAUAAUUAUAUGGUCUACUAUUCUGGGAAUGACAAAUUGAAGAGGAAUGGCAUUGCGUUCAUCACCAAAAAGAACCUUCCAAGAUCUAUCUGGAAAUACAACACUGUCAGUGAUGGGAUAAUAUCCAUACAUCUACAAGGAAGACCACUUAAUAUGACUAAUUCAAAUUUAUGCACAAACCACUAAGGCCAAAGAUGAAGAAAUUGAAGAUUUUUACCAACUUCUGCAGCCUGAAAUUGAUCAAAUAUGCAAUCAAGAUUCAUUGAUAAUUACUGGUGAUUAGAUUGUGGACGUUGGAAACAAAGAAGGAAAACACAGCCUUGGUGAUAGAACCGACGAUGGAGAUUGCAUGAUAGAAUGUUGCAAGACCUACGACUUCUUCAUUGCAGAUACCUUUUUUCAACAAAUAAAUUGUAACUGUACACCUGGACCUCGCCAGAUGAAAUACCCAGGAAUCCAAUGAACUGCGUCUGUGGAAAGAGACAAUGAAAGACCUUAAUAUCAUCAGUCAGAACGAGGCCAGAGGCUGACUGCGGAACAGAGCAGCAAUUGCUCAUAUGCAAGUUCAAGUUGUUCGAUAAUUUUCGCAGUCAGUUGGAUCACCUUUCUUGGGAAUAGGCAUAAAUAUGGAUCUCUUGCAGUCGAUUGGCCAGGUAACUAUCUUCCAAAUUUCUUUAAGUGGACGAAUGAGCACUUCCAGCACUGCAUCUGUUUGUUGAAACAUCUCAGUUGAUAUUCCGUCAAUUCCUGGAGCCUUGUGUUUCGCCAAUGCCUUCAGUGCAGCUUGGACUUCUUCAGUACCGUUGGAUCUUGAUCAUAUGCUACCUCUUGAAAUGGUUGAAUGUCAACUAGUUCUUUUUGGUAUAAUGACUGUAUAUUCCUUCCAUAUUAUUUUGAUGCUUCCUGCGUCAUUUAAUAUUUUCCCCAUAGAAUCCUUCACUAUUGCAACUCGAGGCUUGAAUUUUUUCUUCAGUUCUUUCAGUUUGAGAAACACCAAACACUUUCUCCCUUUUCGUUUUCUAUCUCCAGGUCUUUGCACAUGUCAUUAUAAUACUUCACUUUGUCUUCUUGAGCCACCCUUUGAAAUCUUUUGCUCACUUCUCUUACUUCAUCAUUUCUUCCUUGUCCUUUAGCUGCUUGAUAUUUGUGAGCAAGUUUCAGAGUCACCUCUGACAUCCAUCUUGGUCUUUUCUUUCUUUCCUGUCUUUUCGAUGACUCUUGCUUUCUUCAUGUAUGAUGUCCUUGAUAUCAUUCCACAACUUGUCUGGUCUUCAGUCACUAGUGUUCAAUGUGUCAAAUCUAUUCCUCAG